AUGGAGCUGCGGUUAAUCUGUGAUUGUCAGAGGCAUAUCGCCUAUGCAGUGCUUGGUAUGCUGCGGUCGGCAGUUGGCAAUUUUAUUACAUCGGAUCUAGAUCGUGUAGAAAAUGACUUUGGCUUCGAGGUAGCUAGCCGGUCGCGCCUAGCGGCAGCAGCUAAGAAAUAUAACUGUUGCACAAAUGGGUUUGAUCGUCGGGCGAAGUACCACAGCUUCAUAGAAGACAGGCGUGAAGUUGACAAGUCGUUGAAGUAUCCUAUUCUACGCAGACGUAGUCGCGGGCAGCAGCUAGUAUUAAAUAAAUCGACUUGCGGAUCGCAUCGAGUUCGCGGUGCGCUGCGGACGUGCCGAUGUCUAUUUGCACUUUCGGCCUAUCCUUUACCAACGCCACCAACGGGUACACACGAGCGCGGCGGGCCGCAGCGCAAUCUUCCACGCUGCUCCCGGUCCUCCCCUACGGGUAAGGUCAACAGAAGCUCCCCGCAGAAGGACGUGUGCGCGGGAGGCCGCCUCGCGCCACUAUUGUUCGCCCGAUAUAAAACUCCGUUCGCCAGAUGUGCGCGGCAGGGGGAGUCCCCGAAGCGAAUCGAAUUAGCCGCCGAGGCCGCGGGACAUGCUAGUUUCGCAAAUGAC